AUGGGAGGUGCAGCGGUCGCGGCGGUCACGCGUCGACGAGAGUCUGAGGAUGUGAUUGACGUCGAAGAUGUUGGAGAAAGCCUGUCCGCGGUGUCUCGUGCACGGCUCAGCAUCAGGACCAAGUCUCGAAAUGCACGUCACCUCGACGGUCACACGGGAAAAACACCUGUUUUGGAAUACAACGGGACGCGGCUUUGCCGACAAGUGUUGGUUGCAGGUGUCCUCGGCAGCUCCGCGUUUCUCAAUCAGCGCUUCCGCAUCCGAGAUGCCAAGAUGCCUCUGAGCAAUGUGAAUGUCCAUGAAGCUUUCAUCACCUUCCUGCACCGAGAGCAAUCGUACAAAGCAUCGGCCACAAAAGGUGACUGGCUCCGCUGUGCAGGGUGA